AUGAUGAAGAUAAGUAAAAUAAAUUUUAAAUUAUUUUACUUUAGAUAAAGAAUCAUAAGAUAACUAAUGGGCGUAAAAUGUUAUAAAUGAAUAAAGUUUAGAUCAAAAUUAGAAAUUUAGAAAAUGGAAAGACAUGUUUUCUAACCAUGUUUAAUUAGUGUAAAAAUAAAGAGAAAAAAUAAUUUGAGAAUUUAACAUAAAAAAUUAGGAGACAAAACUAAAAAAUUAGUCUAAUCAAACGUAAGAAAAUAAAAACUAUAAGAAUAAAAAUUAGAUUAAAAACCAUAUCAUCUUGUUGAAAAGUAAAUAUUAUAUACUUAAAAUAUAAAAUCUAAAUUUUAUAUUUUAUUUAUUUUACUUUAUUAAAUUCAAGAAUUAGUAUAUUAUUUAUAAAUAUUCUAAGUGGAAAAAAUGGAGUAUCCUAUGCGUAAAAAAGAGAAUAGAUUAAAUAAUUAAAAAAUAGAAAUAAAAAUCUUGAUUAAACUGAAAAAGAAGUUAAUAAACUUAUUAAUGAAAUCUUUUAUUGGAAAAAGGAAUUGCGAAUGA